GAGCAGGGAGGGGGAGGGCCGCUUUGUGCGCCACACAGCAGAUGCAAACUACGGACAUUGGAGCAUCGACUAGGGGACUGUCCUGCCGCAACUCUGCCGCUCUCCUGCUGAGGAAACUAACCUGAAUUUGGAAGGACGCAGAGGUUUUUCCUCCCAGUUCCGCUGCUCUCCUGUGUUUACGAAAGCUUGAGUGGAAUACAACCUGAAACUUCCCAGUCGCUCGGACCCUAAAGGCUGAUCCAACCAUAAGAUGAAACCAGAGCUGGAGGACCAUAAUGGCUGCACACAUUAAACACCUGGAAUUUUACUUGUUUUGACAACAUCUCAUAGAAUUGCCAAAGAACUCUGGAAGGAACUCCUACAGAACCUAGUUUCACAUCUGUCUGUGGAUUAUAAGAAAGAGACAGCCAUCAUGCCUAUUCUCAAGCAACUGGUGAACAACUCGAACCAGUCGAAGCGGCGGUCUCGGGUUGACCUUACUGCAGAGAUGAUCAGCGCUCCAUUGGGAGACUUCCGCCACACCAUGCAUGUGGGCCGGGGAGGUGACGCCUUCGGGGACACUUCAUUUCUUAGCACACGAUCAGGGGAACCACCCAGAGAGCCGGAAACGAAGCAGGGCUCCCCGGGCCCCAAACCAGGGCUACUGUCCCGCACUUUCAGAAGCAGCAAGCGCUCUCAGUCAGUAAACCGGGGAGACAAGUAUGAGUACAAUAUGAUGGCGCAAUCUGGUGGCUCAUCCAACUAUGUGAAAAACGCCAUAUCCCUGCCUUACCUAAAUGAUGAGGAUACUAACAGAGGUGGCCAAAUGCCAAAGAGUGUUUCCUCUAGCCCCAUGAAGAAGCUGAUGGAGAUUGACACCAAGCCGGUAAAUGGAGCAGCAGCGAUGGCGACAUUGGAUGCAGAAUUUGAUGAACGUAAUUUCGGUGAACUUACAGAUUUGCCCCCAUCCAUGCCCAAGGGAGGCGGGAUGAAGCACGCAGAAUCUAUGAUGUCCUUCCACAUUGACUUGGGGCCCUCUAUGCUCGGAGAUAUCUUGAGUGUGAUGGAAAAGAAAGGCUGGGAGGAGGAUGACCUCGGCUACGAGGAGGGCAAGGGUAGCGAGGGCCGUGGGUCCCCCUCCCUCAUUCCCCACAUAGAUGAUGAGGAGGAGGAGCAGGCCCCUGCAAGGCCACCUCGCAGUAUGUACCAGCAGAAGGCCAUGGUGGACCCCUACACCCCAGAGCUACGCACCAGGAACAACCACCACAACCUGGAUAGCUGCUCUGUGUCGAGCUCCGGCUCGGCCACUGAGGAGAAACCUCAGUACCACAUCCAUGACGGCGACACGGACAGUGCAAAGUACAGUUCGCCACGUGGAGAGGAAGACAGAGAUUUCACCUUCAUGGAUGAGGAUGAUGAUGAGAUUCGAGUGUAGGCUGACCUGGUAUCACUGCUAAGAACAGUCUUGAAGGACACUAAUGGAGGAGGACCAGACGUUGGGAGGCUAUCGCAAGCUGGGAAAGGCAGGGGAGGGAUUUAGAGGCAGGGCAGCAUCUGAUUUAAGCUUCUUGUAGAUCAAUUUAAUCUCUGUCAAACAUCAAAAAUGAAACCAAUUAAGCCUUAUUCACUCUACUGUAGCAAGGAGAUGUGAUCUGAGUGUGUGCUAGAGUGCAGAAAGACUGGCUCACAAAGUGGGCGGUGACUGUUGCAAAUUAUUUGCAACAUCACACUUUGAACUCGUAUGUAUUGGAAAAUUCUCCAUCAUCAAAGAAUACUGGCUCUCGUGUUCAGACCCUGUCCUUCUCACACUCGUUUUAAGAAGUAAAGGGUGACCACAAGAUUACAGAACUGUACCCCAGCUGUCAAUCACAUUUGGAGUGUGAUGUGUGAAAAAAACAGGAUACGCAAGGUCACAAACUGAAUGUGGAUGUGUAGUACAAGUUCUGAGGAAGGAAGAGGGAAAGGACAAGAAGUGAAACUCAGAUAGCUUUGUUAUCCCUGUGUGUUGGAGUGAUUGAGCUUCAUUUGCCAAAUACAGUGUUUUGGCAUAGACACUAAAUAGAUAAAGUAGAUAAUACUUUUGUCCACAUCUGACUUUAAGGGGUGAUUUCUGCUAUUUUUACUUUAUUUUAGGUACAUACAGUAUUUGGCAGUUGGUCUACAGAAGCCCAUUGUUUUUGAGUUGAGUAGUUUAUAGUUUUGCAACUGUCUAUCAUUGGAAAGGUCUUAAUUCUUUAAAUUCACAGACAAAUCUGUGAUAUUUAUUUGUUAAUUUUCAUAAGGGACGGAUCAUACUUAAUGUGCACUGCUAGGUCUUAAACGUUUUGAUUUUGGGUUUUUCUGAUAUGUUUAAUUUCUUACAAAAUUUCUUAAUGGUACUACAGAGUGGGUCAAUUUUUUUUUCUAUAGAAAUUGGCUAAAUUGCACUUAAUUAUUGGACUCAAGUAGACAUAAAAUUGUCAAUAAUCACAUCACUCCUGCUAUCACUGUCAUGGUAAGGCUGUAUUAGUUGACAAUGACUUCUAUUUUACAAAAUCCCUCGCUGUUAGUGAAUGUUUUUUAAUUUGCAAAAAAAAAAAAAAAAAGUUGAAAAAAAAAGAGGCCUUUUGUAUGUGUUACGUGUCCUAUACUGUUUUUUAAACACGUUUUAAAACUGACAAGGGCAGAAGUGGUGAUUGUGGUUGAAUAUGACUUUACAACUGAUGUGUAUUUCUGUGUUCACUCCACGUCAUUACUGCGGUUGGUAGGAUUAGCAGGUCAGCAGAGAGACGAUGAAGAAAUGUCUGAAAGGGAGUCGCUGCAUGGUUAUAUCAAAAUUAAUAGUCAUGGCUUCAUCCAAACGCAUCUCUUCUCUCUAGACAUCUGUCCAUACUUGUCUCUACAAGCAGAGAAAGGAUGUAAAACAGGUACAAAGUGUUAUUAGAGCGCAGCUGGGCAUCAGGUAUGUCUCGGGGCAGUGAGAGUGAAAGAUACUCCUGAACUGGCACCACAAGUGAUAAAAUUCACCUCCUCUACACAACACAAAUCACAUAGUAGGAACAGAUGAUUAAAUCAACCAAUCAUCUGGCCUUUCCCAGUCUACUCAUUAAAUGUGCUGGAUUAUUGGCCCCCAACCAACUGGAACGACUCCAGGAACAGCAGGGUCAGGGACAGACAGGUGGGCUCUUUCUCUUUGGCUUUUUUUUGUGUUUAGUUGGUUUUUACAAUACAAGCUCAAUCAGUAGGCUCAGUUUCAGUUAUGAAUUAAGACAGAAAGAGAGGUACUUUCCUGUCUGGUAUCCAUGACUAAGGUCUGACCUUUUUUUUUUAUUAGGUGUUAGAAAACUAAUUGCCACAUUUGACAAAUGGGAGCUUUGAAUUUUCUGUUGUGACACUGAUGCAGGGGUGUGUACAUUGCUAGAACCAGGAUGCUGUGCCAUUCUGCCUUGAGUUAUUGUUGUUUUGGAACCAUGUCUACAUGAGCAGGUUGCGAGAAGUUCAGAGGUAAUUGCCAAGUAUAUUUUAACCAUAUUAUUGGGUAAGGUUAGCAGGAUAUUGGAUUAUGUUUAUUUUUUACCAAUGUAUAGAUAUGCAGUAUGAUUUGAGUCAGAUCUUUUUCACAUUUUGAUGUAAAUGGGCCAAAUUUUAAGAUGUCUUACUUUUUUUUUGGAUCCAUUGUGAAAUAUGUGGUUUGUGGAUUGUUUUGGGCAGCUGCAAUCCCUCAUGUUCAUCACCAAGAAAUGGACACUAAAAAAAGAACGAAAACACUCCUUAUUUGCCAUUGUUUUAAUCAAGUAAUGUAAAUAUAAUUUGUGCCAUCAAUUACAAUUACAAUUACAGUGAACAAUCUUUGUUAUCGGCAGUGUGACUAUGUGGUACUAGUGUGAGAACCAGAAAAAUGUUAGCGGCUUAAACACUAAAUAGCACAUUUUUGGCAUAAUUGUAUUUGGGAUUUAGAAUUUGGAAGAUGUAAAUAGAGAAUUAUGGAAAAGUAUACAAAAUUACUCUGACAUACUUUCUUGUAAUUGUCUGAACUUUCUGGCACUUGUUGUGUUUUUCUGUGGGAAACUUCUAAGUAGGCCAGAACCAUAUAAAGGAAUUUGCGAAUACUUUCUGCCCCAGGUCUGCUUAAAAGUUUUCUGUGCCCUGACGGCUGUGGUUUGGCGAGUGGCAAAAAAAGAUAAGGACUGCGAAAAAACAACUGGCUCAACGUUCAGCUGUAGAAUGUGUUUUUUUUUUCUAUUCAGUGGCUGUAGUGUUAUGCCAAGUAUGUACUGUUUUCUCUUCCUCUUUUUCAGUCUGGUUUUACAGUAUAUUAAUAUAUUUACCUCCCUCACUUUCCUUUCUUUGAAAUAACAGCUAUAUUUUUCAAUAAAAGAGAAAGCUGGUAAUCUUUAA